AGCCUCUGCACUGCCAGGGAACGGAAAAUACUGCAAGUAGUAGCUCAGUGUGCUCCUUGACAAGGGGGCAAGGCAAAGAAACUUCCAAAAUUCCUCACAGACGCCAAUUUUACCCCAAAUAUACGAAUAUAAUGUGGCAGGGGAGGUCUGAGCCUGAGAGAUGUGUAACUUGGGAUGUCAGCGUGCACUGACAGAGAUGGACUUGGUGAUUUAAAGGUCCCUUCUAGCCUUGAUGAUUCUGUGAUUCACUGCUGUGACUGCUAGCUGUGCUAAGUGUAGUGGCUCAAAGGAAGGCAAGGAAGCUGGGAGCCAGUUGGUGUAAUCAAAGGGAGAGGAGUUCGCUCAGUGUUCCUGCAGGCUUGCUAUAGGAUUCUUUUUCACAUGGGUGUAACUGCAGUAAAUACUGUGAAAGAAAUGUAUUCCUUUCGAGGUCCUUUCAAAUGACACUUGUGAGAGCUGAAAACUGCACUGCAUUAAAAGUAUCUGGAAUGAGAACUAUAAGUAUCAUUUAUGAAAGAUGAGGACAUGAACAUAAUCAUAAGGUGGAACCUAUAAAAGACAGCAUUUGUUCUAUCUCAUAAAGUCCUUCAUGUAUACAUUUCUGAAUUAAUGGGAUGCCCUUCCUACUAUUUCACCAGAUGUCCAGACAAGCCUCUUCUGCCUUGGCAUCUGAACACCUUAUGCAAUAAGCAUGUCAUAAGCUUUGGAAGUUUCAGCCACAAGCACAUCUGUUUAUCAACCUCAGUGAAUGCAGUGGAAAAAUUCUAAAUCUAGCUGCUUAACAGCAAAUUGAGCUACACAGAGUUUCCAGGGAGGAACCAGACUACAGACACCAGACUACACUUAGAGAACGAAAGGUUUUAAAUUAAAAUGAUAAAGCAGGACCAGACUCUUAAGCAUUCAACACAGAAGUGCUGGAAUUCAGCAAUUAUUUUGAAACUAAAAGUUACACUGCUUUUGAUUCUGCCAGGGUGUACCAUACUUUCAAAGCCUUCUGUUAUAGGCUUAAAUUUCUAACUUUGGGAUCCCUAUUACUUCAUUAAACAACUCUUGCAUAUACUAAUCAACCUGCAGCUUAGACAGUUAGCUGCUUUAUCUGAAUAGCAAUGUCAUGUUUCAUUGUAAGCCGCCUUCUGAUUUCUAGAUUGUCUUCUCAAGGCCAUCAAAAUUUAAUUGUAAUUCUCUAAAACAGCUCUGAGACCAUGGGGCUGAAGUGAUUCGAUGGUUGGCAUUAGCUUGCCAAAUGGUUGUUUACAUUUAGCUGCAGCAGAGAUCACUUCCCAGACAAUUACUUUGCACCCCCAGUGGCAAAUUAAAGUCCACAAUAUUAUUUUUUUUUUCCAUGUAGUUAGUCAAGUUUAUGCAUAAAUUAAUGUCCUUAGCCUAUCUCUAAACGUUCAUUUGGAAAAGUUUCAAGUAUACUUUUGUUAGUCAUCCUAAUAGCUGGUGAUUGAGAUCCGGGCAAGUAGCAGAAUGUCUUUAUGUUGUAAAUCACCAAGAAAUAAGCAAGAAGAUGGGAAUGUAAGUUAUAACUUAAAAACAUGCUCUGAGUGCUCAGGAACUGUAAUUGAGUAGGGUGCUGAAAUUGGUACUAACCUGCAGUAGCAUUGUGGAGCAGGCUGAGUAAAUGAUAAUGUAUUUCCCAAUUUUUCUUUAAAAGUUACCAUAAGCCAAGAAAAAUACUUGUUGUUUUCAAAUCUGUAGGAUCCUUCAUUGAUUGCAGUUGGAUCAAGAGUACAGCAGAAGACUGGUCCCUGAACAUUCUAGAGCUUGCUUGCUGGCAUCUUAUUUACACGGUGUGCUUUUGUUCUGUAUUGGAGAAAAUAAAAUCACUUGGUUUUAUGUCUGUAGGUUCAGCUCCGUCGUGGUCCUGUGAAACUCUCCUGACAUAUUUGUUCUUCUCUAGGUGACAAUCAUCAGCCAGCUACAAGAUUGCCAUCAUGAGUUUUGUUGAAUAUGGAGAUACAAUAAAGGAUGGUGACACAGCUAUUGUGUUCCUGGGCCACGAGUCCAUGUUUCCUGUGAAAGUCCAGCAUGGCACUGUAACACAGACUAAGUAUGGGGUCAUCAGGCAUUCCACAGACCUCAUAGGCAAGAAGUAUGGCUCCAAAGUGACCUGCAGUAAAGGAGGAUGGGUGUUCAUUCUUCAUCCAACUCCAGAACUGUGGACCAUGAAUCUCCCACACAGGACGCAGAUUCUGUAUUCCACUGACAUCUCUAUAAUCACCAUGAUGCUGGAACUGAAGCCAGGCUCCAUAGUAUGUGAAUCAGGUACAGGCAGUGGGUCCCUCUCCCAUGCUCUCAUCCGGACGGUGGCUCCCACCGGGCACCUGUACACAGUGGAGUUCCACCAACAAAGGGCCGAGAAGGCGCGGGAGGAGUUUCGGGAGCACGGGGUGGAGCACCUGGUCACUGUGACCAACCAGGAUGUCUGCAAAAAUGGCUUUGGAGUCUCAAACAUUGCAGAUGCUGUGUUCCUAGAUAUUCCAUCUCCAUGGGAAGCCAUAGGACAUGCAAAGUCAGCAUUAAAAGCUGAAGGUGGCCGCAUCUGCUCUUUCUCCCCCUGCAUUGAACAAGUUCAAAGAACCUGCCUAGCGAUGGAAGAAUAUGGUUUUACAGAGAUUAACACCUUGGAAAUUCUGCUCCGAGUGUACAAUGUAAGGACAAUUAGCUUGCAAAUCCCUGACCUUGGUAAAGCAGCUGAGGAUAAUUCUAGCACUGCCUUUGACAGCAGCAGCCCAUCAGACCAAGGUAGCCCGUGUGCUAAUCUGCAGCAAGGGACUGUGCAGUUCAAGAGUGGCGUGCCACUGAGGGAGGUGGUUGGGCACACUGGGUACCUGACCUUUGCCACCAAGAGCCUGGUGUAGUACAUGGCCAGUUCAUGCAGUCUGGAGUGGAGUUUGUGUGCAUUCUGUUUUCGUGGCUCUUUUUUGUAUGGCAUCCAAAGUUUUACUUGUCAGGGAAUUCCAUAUAUAGUCAGAUUUGGUUGGAAUAUGCUUUGUUUAAAUAGCACACAAGCAUUAAGCAGGGCAGCAUCAAGGGAAUGUUGAAACUCUGGAAUGGUGCUCCACUUGCUGUCAGAAAGAAGAUAAAUUAAUAGCGAAUGGCCAUUUGCUGGAAUGUGCAGAAUUAAGAUCACUCAUAAAAAAGCAAAACAAACAACAGACAAAUUACAAAAAAAUUGGAUUUUUUCCUUCUUUU